CCAAUUUCAAACUGUACGUUGCGCUGUUAAUGCCCGUUCUUCAUAUAUUUUAGUGUGUUAACUAUGCUGUACUGAGAUCACCGAAAUAUUUUUCGACAAUAAAAAAAUUGCAUUUCAGUUUGAAAAAAGCCUGUUCUGGAAAGUCAUAAGAUUCUGGUGGCUAAAUAAUUCCGACCUGACAAAUACAUUUGUCAGGCGGAUACCAUGGUAUCCGCCUAGCCUGGCAGGAUAAGCUGAGCUAGAAAGGUCUCCAUGAGACUGAAAAAGAAAUAUACUUCUCCCUAGUCAAGAAAUGUCUACAGCUCAAAUACAGAUCCCGGCAAUCUGACAGUUCACCAGUUCCGUCUAGCAAACAGUAUGCUCAAUCAAAGACGGAAAACAUAAGAAUAUCUUGAAUCUGAACAUCAAUAUUUUCGUUAUUACGCUCAUCAGCACAAGCUGAAAAAACCUCUGUUUCCAACAGAGUUUCAAAAGUCGAUUUUGUGGGAUCCGAUGUUGAAUACGAGUUAUCCUAAUAACAUAAGUGAUUCCUGUUCAAUUUCCGUAGAAGAUACUAAACUUCUAUUGAUUUCCAGCAUACCUAAGUUUUACCAUGCUUCUAAUUUAAGGAGUUUUUUCUCACAAUUCGUUGAGGCAUCUAAAUUUUCAUGUUUUCACUACCGUCAUAGACCAGAUAUCGUGGGUGUAGAAUCAACUACCGAAAUAGAUGGAACCCAGUUCCUUAAGUCCAUCAAACUAGUUGCCAAAAGCAAAGCAACGUGCUGUGCUAUUUUGUCUAUCUACGCGAAAUAUAUCGAAGAGUUUUUUCGUACAUAUAGUGGUCUUAAUUGGCCUAAUGAGAAUGAUGAUGUGCCUUUGGAGUUGAAAUGUACCUUACAUUUAUUAGACCAUGCAACUGUGGAACAAUUUAGCUGUUUACCUGAGUUCAGACCACUAUCAUGGAUGCCUCGUGGGAACGUCGGGACACAUACUCAGCACUUUUUCAGUCUGAUCAAAGACUGUAAACUGGAGAGUUCAAUUAUUUCGAAGCUUAAUUUGGACUUCUCUACGCAAGCUAAGAUCCGCAAAUAUGGCGCAGUUCCUUUCACUUAUGAAAGUUCAAGUUCAGGGGAUGAAAAUGUGCAUUCUUCGGAAUCAAAUAAUGUUGACUUUGAAUAUGGUGUCGUCUGCAAUUCUUAUAUUCCUAAUAGGCGCCGCGUACCCUCCAGUAACGUUUUAGAAUUAGUUUCGGACCCAGUUAAUGUUGAAGAUGAAGAUGAUAUCCCAGAAGAAUGGGAUCGUUUCGAGGCGUUGCAUGACGACCCGUACAAUUUAGACAAGGGAAACAAGGCACAGUUAAAGUAUGAAAGUAAAAUUGAACUUGUUUGGGAAAAGGGUGGAUCUGGCCUAGUUUUCCACACUGACCAACGUACUUGGGAGAAGUUAGACCCACUAAGAAAAGAAGAGAUUUUUGACGAACCCUCAUCUUUCGAUUGGGAUAUAGACAUGCAGCCAUAUGAAACACCAACUGGCAUUGGUACGGGUCCAUGUCCAAAUGGAUUUCAGGGUGGAGAUAGAGAUACGGCUGAACUUAUUGAUAUAAAUCGAGAAAGGGAAUCUAUUCAUGUUCAAGACCUUGCACAUAAUCCAUACGCUCUUUUUACCAGUGAAGUGGUAACCAAAGGCUAUGGUGGGCAACUAUUAAAACGUAUGGGUUGGAUUCCAGGUACUGGACUCGGAGCUAAAAGAGGUCAUCCUAAAUUUUCUUCGGGGAUAAAAGUUCCUAUAACUUGUGAAGGUAGUCUUCCACCCGGAGUCCGGAAAGGUCUUGGUUACUACGGGGCGCCAAUUUCACGCAAUUCUAACAAGCAGUUAUUAAGCGGGGAAUCAAAAUCCUGCAAAAUAGGAUAUGCAACAAAAUCUGUUUACAUCCGAUCUGUGUUUGAUUCUCCACAGGCUGUUGCUCAUCGUAGUGGACUUGGUUUUUCUCCCAGUAUUUUGAGACGUAAUGAUCCUGGGAUGGUCGUAAAAUGGUUAAAUGAUAGAGAAGAAUCAUUGAGUCAUCCGAUAUCCUCUAAACCUUUAUAUGAGAGACUUCCAAUAAGAAAUCGUACUGUUAUUCUGAACACUUACAGUAAUCUAUCUAAAGAGGGUAUUUCUUUUGUAUCUGGUGGUUACUUAAACCCGUCAUAACUUUUUUUCAAUGUAUAUAUAUUCUGUCGUAAUCCAAUGUAUAUAAGUCAGAGAUUUUUAUAAUUCGUUCGUAGUUUUAUAUUUUAUCUUAAAACUUUUAUGCUUAAAAUAAAAUCCUAAUUUGUUGUUGUAUUAGUCGCAUUUUCCAUUUUUAUCUUGUUCUGAUGAAGCUAACACCUGACGUUUAUAUAAUAUUGUGACAUUUUAUUAGUCCGUAUUUAACAGCUUCCUGGUUUUGUCAUAGGUGUAUACUGAUCAUCAGGUUUGAUCAUUCAGUCAAGACAAAAACAGUAAAUAAUAAUAGAAGUGAGCAAUAUAGUCUUAAUGAUACAUGACGUUGCACUACAGUGCGGUUGGAAUGUUCGGUUGUACUUGUUAAUGUAUAUACCUCGCGUCAACUUGAAGCAUCCACUGUUUCUCUGCACCGUCUGGUGCAAAUGUUUUUUAUAUUCAGGAUCCAUGGACUUGGAUUUCAUUAUCUUGGAAUUAAUAACCAGAAAAAAAGAUUUCGAUACCUGGAAUCAAGAUAAGUGUGUUGCAAUUUUCGUUAGAUGCAUGAAAUUACCAAUCACCGUUAAAACAAGUGCCAUUAUAUCAACAUCGAAAAGUACCUUCAAAUUUAGUCGUAUGGAACCUCCAAUAUUUUACUGAUAACGGAAUUCGUAAUGUUUAUAACCUAAGAAAUCCGAGAAAUUAAUUAUCCUUCUAGUAGUGUGAGUAGUUAGCAACAUUAUGAUAUAAUAUCUUAAGAACUUAAAAUACAAUGAUUAAAUUAUAGCCGAAAGAUUAUUAACCACCCUUCAAUAAUUUGCGUUAUAUAUAGUUGAGAACGUUUUCAAUAUUUAAGUAAUGUGGGGAAAUGACAGUUAUUCAACGACUGUAUUCCACAAGCAUAAAAGAUAAUCAAUUUCCUUGUGCGAAUUUCAAUAGCAAGUUAGAGAACAACAUAAUUUCAUGUGUUAUUGUUAAGGAUUUUUUUCUAAUUCGAUAAUUUCACAUAUCACCUCUACUGUGUAAUCCUCGUUACUCGCUCACAUAGAUCAUUUAUAACAGACUGAAAUAUUGUUUACAAGUUAUUUAGUUAAAAUAAAAAAAGGAUGAAUCUAUUCAUUUUGCUAAUAAAUUUUUAUGAAAUUCAAGUGAAAUAAAAAAUGCUUUACUUGAAGUCAUUAACUACUUACAAGUAGUAAAGUUAGCAGCGUGCAAUUUUCUUUUUUUCACAUCCAAAACGGAACGAAAGUCUCGUCUGUCAUCUCCACUGGUCAAUUUAAUUUCAACUUAACUAAUCACCUAAUACUUGUAAAUAGAUAAACAAUAAUAAGUUUAAUGUUUCUGGAUAUUGAAAAACAAAAAAUCUGAAGUCAAAGGAAGCGUAAAUAUUAUAUUUUCCAUCCUAGUGUAACUACAAUUGAUGUAUAGGCUAAUAAUUAACCACAUAAGGUACACUAAACUGUCAAUCAGAAUUUACAGUUUAGUGUCAUUUGAAACGUAAGCUAUUGAUAAGCAGUUAUGAUGAAGUUCUUCAGUAAUUCAGCUGGUCUUGUUGUUUCUUUGCUUUUUUACUUAUGUAAUUUCCAAAAGAUAAUUUAAAGUAUUAUCUGUAUGUCAUUGGUCAAGGUUUAUGUAGUUUGUUGUAGGUUCCUUACAAUUUCAGUUGAUUGAGGAAGCUUACUUACUCCUGUUACCUCUAAUGGAGCAUAGGCCGCCGACCGGCAUUCUCCAACCCACUCUGUCCU